UAUCAUUCUUAUUAUUCCUAUUAUUAUCAUUACUAUCACUGUCAUUGUAUCUAUGUUAUACUUCCUGAGAUGUAUUCUAUGUAGGACAUUUCAAAGAUAGAAAGUGAUAAUGAUAAUAAUAAUGACAAUAGUAGAUAAAUUAACGAUGGGAAGGAUAGAAAUAGAGCUAGGCACUUCGUGUUGGGCGGCAAUCCAUUGUGUCGCCCACUUGGAAGAGUCUUGUGACGUCCCUAUGUGGAACAAUGUAAUAGGGCUAACUCACUCGUGUGCGAAACCAACCCCGAUACGUGAGAAAGCAAAUCGCAUUGCGCAAUGGAACAGAUUUUGCUGUAAAAAGUCAGCGCCACCGACAUGUUAAACCUACGCUCUACUCGAUCCUUGCACCCGCAUGUCAUACAGAAGGACACGAGGUUGAAGCGCACACGGAGUAUGAGGAA